AUGGCUCUCCAGAUCACCUCGGAAACGAUUCCAUCUCUGGAAGGGAAAGUCGCUAUCAUUACCGGAGGCUCAUCGGGCAUUGGCUUAGCCACCGUCAAGCUCUUGCUGGAAAAAGGCGCCAAGGUCCACAACAUUGAUAUCAGCGAGCCCAACGAUGAGGAUGCAGACGACUGGGAGGAGUGGGAAAACUUCCACAUCCACCAGCUCGACGUCACGAACUGGGCCGCCCUACGUGACGCCUUUGACAGUAUCGGCCAUGUGGAUUUGGUCUUUGCCAACGCGGGCAUCUCAGACGUGGGGCACAACUUUCUCGAUGAUGAGUUUGACGAGGACGGCCGUUUACUAGAACCAACCCAGAGCUACCAGGUAAUCGAUGUCGACAUCCGGGCUGUGCUGAACACUGUCAAGCUGGCUCAUCAUCAGAUGAAGAAGCACAAUGUUCAGGGAAGCAUUGUCAUCACAGGAGGCUCAGCUGGGUACUGGGCAGACCCGCUGGUCAAGGUUGCCUCUUUAGCUUGGACAGGACAACUUGGCCUCGUGAGGGUCUUGCGCCAUGUUCUCGAGAAAGACAAUAUCACCAUCAAUGGGGUAACUCCAGGGGCUACCGUCACGAGAAUGGUUCCCUUCCGGCCUGUCAUAGCCUGGAUGCGUAACGAGCUGCCCCUGAGCACCCCCGAGACCGUUGCUCUCGCCCUCCUCUACUCGGCAACAGCGUCGCAGACCCGGCGUGUUGAUGUCUACGGUCUGGACACGGAAGAGGCUCUGGAUGUUGCGGAUCGCUGGAAUGGUCGGGUGAUUCAGGUGCUGGGGGAUGAGUUUCGCGAGAUUGAAGAGCCUCUGGCAGACAGUAGGGAUUUCUGGUUUGGAGAGCGUUUUACGCGCUUAACGAGAAACCAACAGGCAGCGUGCGAUGUUACAAAUCACAAGGCCAAGGUGCGGGUGCCUGACAGAGGGCACACAGGGGAUACGAGCGAGUCUGAUGCCUGA